AUGCAAAUUUUCGUCAAGACGUUGACAGGUAAGACCAUUACCCUGGAAGUAGAAUCUUCUGACACCAUCGAUAACGUUAAAUCCAAGAUCCAAGACAAGGAAGGUAUUCCACCUGAUCAACAGAGACUGAUCUUCGCAGGUAAACAACUAGAAGACGGCAGAACAUUGUCUGACUACAACAUCCAGAAGGAGUCCACAUUACAUUUGGUCUUGAGAUUGAGAGGUGGUAUGCAAAUUUUCGUCAAGACGUUGACAGGUAAGACCAUUACCUUGGAAGUAGAAUCUUCUGACACCAUCGAUAACGUUAAAUCCAAGAUCCAAGACAAGGAAGGUAUUCCACCUGAUCAACAGAGACUGAUCUUCGCAGGUAAACAACUAGAAGAUGGCAGAACAUUGUCUGACUACAACAUCCAGAAGGAGUCCACAUUACACUUAGUCUUGAGAUUGAGAGGUGGUAUGCAAAUUUUCGUCAAGACGUUGACAGGUAAGACCAUUACCCUGGAAGUAGAAUCUUCUGACACCAUCGAUAACGUUAAAUCCAAGAUCCAAGACAAGGAAGGUAUUCCACCUGAUCAACAGAGACUGAUCUUCGCAGGUAAACAACUAGAAGACGGCAGAACAUUGUCUGACUACAACAUCCAGAAGGAGUCCACAUUACAUUUGGUCUUGAGAUUGAGAGGUGGUAUGUGA